AUUUGCUACAUCUCAGAGCGACUCUCAAGAGUGUCUGGAGAAGCUCUCCGUUUACGAAUCUCACUCCUUUCUCUUUCUUCCCGCUCCUUUCUCUCUCUACUCUACUGGCUAUAACUUCCUCACUUCUAAAUUCAAAGGGGGCAAGUUUGAAAACAGGAUGGACAUAAUAUCUCAACUACAAGAACAAGUGAAUACAAUUGCUGCUCUUGCUUUCAAUACCUUUGGGACGCUACAGAGGGAUGCUCCUCCAGUUCGACUCUCCCCUAAUUACCCGGAACCUCCUCCAAUCCCUACACUUACAGAGGAUACCCCUAACAUUUCUGACCAACCCAAGCUCAUGUCUGCUGCUCUCGUUAAGGCUGCCAAGCAGUUUGAUGUGUUGGUUGCAGCACUUCCAUUAUCCGAGGGAGGUGAAGAAGCUCAACUGAAAAGGAUUGCAGAACUCCAGGUAUAUGGUUUGACUGUUUCUCCCUUCUCCAUACAACAAUGCCACACUCUAGUGUGGUUGUAUUUUCUCCUAAUUCUUCGGUUCAUAUGCAUUUUGUCCAGGCUGAAAAUGAUACUGUGGGCCAAGAACUACAGAAGCAACUAGAAGCUGCAGGUGAACACUCUGAUAUACAAGGGGACCUUAAAAAUAACCCUGUUGCCAAUAACGACUUCUUUUUAUCUUUUUCAAGUUAUAUCUCUUGAAUUAACUGUGCCUGUGAUAAUUGGUGGUGCCAGAGAAGGAGUUGAAGCAAGUCCAGGAGUUGUUCAGCCAAGCUGCGGAUAAUUGCCUGAACUUGAAGAAGCCAGAUUGAAGAACGGGCAGCGGCACCCAUUGGUGGCAAUUCCUUUUCUGUCUUUUUCUUAUUAGUAACAUUCAUUGGCUGCACGGGAUGUGCUUCAUAUGUAUAUUUUUUGUUGGUCUUAAAUCCCUUUUCUUGUAAAACAUAUGGAGGAUCAUCUUCAUGAUGGUCCAUCAUUUUGUAGUGGAUUCACAGCAAAGACUUCCUAAA